AUGAAAUAUAUUAAAAAAAACAAUAACAAUAACAAUAAUAAACCAAAAGUACAAAAAAGUCAAAUUAAUAUACCUAAAGAAGAAUAUAACCAACUUAAACAAGAUUUUAAAGGAAUAAAAGAUAAAAUUAAAGCAGAAGGAAAAGAAAAAAAUGAAAAGUUUAAAAAAGAGACAACAAAACAGGUGGCUGAAAAGAGUGCAAUUAUAGGGCAAAGUUUUGGAUUUAUAGCACCAAAUAUUAGAAAUGAAAUUAUAAAUGAAAAGAUAGACAGACCAUUUCAACUAAUUUCAUAUGGUGGUUCAUCAAAAGAAUACAAAAGAAAGAAAAAGGAAGAAAAUAGAUUAGAAAAGCUAAAAACAAAGAAAAUUGGAUCUAAAAAGAAAAGAGAAAUUGGUUUUUACCAUAUACCAUAUGAAAACUGUAUAUAUGAUCAAUAUUUACCACUACACGAACUUUGGCUUCAAUACAUUAAAGAUGUUAUGCAAAACCAAAAAGGUCCAAAUUUUUUAGCAAAGUUUUUAAGAGCUGACCUUCAUGGUGCUUUUAUUACAGUAACAAAAUCAACUUGCCCAUCACUCAUAGGCCAAAAAGGUUUAGUUAUUCAAGAAACUGAAAAUACUUUUAAAAUUAUAACAAAGGAAAACAAAGUUAAUAUUAUUCCUAAAGAAGCAUGUUAUUUUUAUAUAGAAUGUUGUGAACAAUCAAUCACAAUUAUUGGAAAACACUUUUGCUUUAGAGCAUGUGAUAGAUCCACCAAAAAAUAUAAAGCUCGUAAAAAUAUAGAAUUAUAG